UUAGCGACGAAUUCGUCAAACCCAUCAUCUCCUUCGCGCCGUCGUCGACCACCAUCACCAUGCCGACACCCGAGCCCUCGACCUCCGCCUCCGCCAUCGUCUCCGGCACGGUGACAGGGCACCACGUGCUCACCAUCGACGGCUACUCCCGCACCAAGGCGAAGCUCCCCACCGGCCGGUUCACCGCGUCUCGCCCUUUCACGGUGGGAGGACACUCCUGGAGCAUCCACUACUACCCCAGCGGCGAUCGCUCCGACACCGCCGGCUUCAUAUCCGUCUUCCUCGAGCUCAACCCCGCCGCCGACGCCGCCGCCGCCGCCGGCAGCGGCGGCUCCGAGCCCGUCGACGCGCGUGUCACGUUCAGCUUGCUGGAUCAGGCCGGGAGGUCCGUGCCGUCCCACACCAUGGCCACGGAUCUGCACGACUUCGCCGCCACCGGCUUCGGCUUCGGUCGAUUCAUCGAGAGGUCGUACCUGGAGCAGUCGGAGCAUCUCAAGAACGAUCGGUUCGCCAUCCGGUGCGACGUCGUCGUCUUCUCCGACGAGCUCCGUGCGGAGGCCCGCACCGCUGACGCCGCAGCUCUUUCCGUCGCGGUGCCGCCGUCGGACCUGAGCCAGCAUCUCGGCGGCCUCCUCGCGGCCAAGGAACUAGGCGCCGACGUCACGUUCCUGGUCGCCGGCGAGACGUUCACGGCGCACAGGUGCGUUCUCGCGGCCCGGUCGCCGGUGUUCAGGGCAGAGCUCUUCGGCCCGAUGAAAGAGAGCGCCGCCACGGCGGUCAUCACCGUCGACGACAUCGAGCCAGACGUGUUCAGGAACCUGCUCACCUUCAUGUACACCGACACGUUGCCAGAGACAAAUCCACAAGAGCUGGAGGAAGAAGAAGAAGACGACGACGACGACUACGAGGACGAUCAAGCUCAAGCUGCUGCAAUGGUCGAGCAUCUGCUCAUCGCGGCGGACAGGUACAACCUGGAGAGGCUGAAGCUGAUCUGCGAGGAUAGGCUGUGCAAGCACAUCGACGGCGAGUCCGUGGCGACGAUCUUGGCCUUGGCUGAGCAGCACAGCUGCGAUGGGUUGAAGGAGGCGUGCUUCCAGUUCCUCAGCUCGCGAUCGGCUCUGAAUUCUCUGGUGGCCACCGAUGGCAUUGAGCAUCUAGCUAGAUGGUGCCCCUCUGUUCUCAACCAGCUCAUGUCCAAGGUUGCUGCUCUUGUUCCUGUUGAUUUCGUCGUCAGGGAAACAAGAUAAGUUAAUUAGCAUGGGGUAUCAGUGGCAUUGUAAUAUGACAUGUUGUCAUGUUAUGGUCUGGAAGAAAAUCUGGAGGUUUCUGCAAAUACUAGUAUAGUCUUACCCUGAAAUUAGACUCAAUGAUCUGUUUUAUUUCGAUCUUGUCAUUGCAUUCUUUUGGGAUAUUACUGUUAACGUCAAGGAAAACUACUACUGUAAGAAUUAUAAACAAUUGCUUGUCGGCGUUACGCACCCGUUUGCCACUUUGUUCUCAACUAUUCCGAUUCCAGCAAA